AUGACCAAUAUGUGUGAUAGAGUACGAGCAGUAUUAAGGGAAUUGAAAAAUAUUGUGAUUCAUGAAAAAAGGGUUGCAGAAAGUCAUGAUCGACUCAAGUCAGUUGACGACUUAGAUUGCGUUAUUGUUGAGAGUCAGUCCGGACAAAUAGUGAAUUUCGCAGAAGUUUUAGCAAAAACAGACAAAAAAGGUUUUUUUGAAAAUGUUCCAUUGACUAAAGAACGUAUCGAAUUUCGAUACAGUGAAUGGAUGUCCGUUUCUAAGUCUAACAGAUUAAAAUCUGAGAAAUACCAUACUGAACUUAGUAAAAAAGUGUUAGAUUGUAUUGAGAAUCAAAAAGACAAGUUGAUGAAAAUAUUAAAAGAACGGGCUGAUAGUUCUCGCUACUACGAUUUGUAUCGCAAAGAGGGCGAUAGGUUGAGAGAAAUAGCUAUUGCAUAUAACUCCAGCAUAGAGGGGGAUAAGUAUGUCGAAAACUUCGACAAGAAAGAAUUGAAAUCGUACAAAAUGUGCUUUGCACUGGGUGCAUAUGAACAAUAUCGAGCUGCAACAAGGCUUUUGGAACGUAUUAAUGCUCUGCACGGUACUCAACCAGAAGAUGCAAGACAGGAUGCUACUGAAAACGAAGAAAAUAUGACGCUAAAGAACAAUCAUGGUGAAAUCUCUCUUUUUAAAUUUGUUCGACUACAAAGUAGUGUCUACGAACUUGGAAUAGGAGUAAACGCUAUAAUAAAACAGUUUAUUAAAGGUGCAUCUAAGGCAGAAUUGGAGUCAACGAUAACUGGAUUUAGCCAGAAUCAAACAGCUAAUUAUGUGCUUCUUAUUGGAGAAGUUCUAUUACGAGAAUAUCUGAAUUUAGGGGCACCAUCUCAUGUUCAGCUGGAUGAACAUUUUUUUCACAAGAUUUUUGAAACUCGUCUUCAUUUUAUAACAACAAAAGUGAAUGAUAAGUUAUCCACAUUCGCUUUGUGUGAACCAUUGUUAAACUAUUUUCACAGACAGUUAGAAUCAGUUAAAGAUAAUGAUGUUGAACAACGGUCUGCUAUUCUAAAGGAAAUAGCAAACAUUUAUCGCACUCUGGCAUUAAUACUGAACAAAUUCCAUCGUUUAAAUGCUUUACCUGAAUGGAAUAAUGCAUCUGACUAUUACAAAGAAGUUCUCAAACUCUCGUCGAAAGAUCAGGCAGCCAGAUUGAGCUUUGUCAGAUGUCUCUUGAGCUUUGAUAAAUAUAAAAAAGCAGUGAAAGUAUUAAAAAUAACUGAGGAUUGUGCCGAAAAAGUCUAUUUACUUGAACUGGCCAAAGGAAAUAUGCGCUCAUAUCAAGAUGCUAGAGAAAACGUUCAAAAAGCUAUUGACAGUCAUUUGAAAGCUCUAAACAUCUCUGAAACUGAUCAAACGGCAUUAUUGAACUUUGCCAGAGGCCUCUUAGAGUUUGGCAGAUACCUCCAGUCAGCACUGACACUGGAUUUUUUUGUUUUCGCUAAUAAACAACAACAACAGUUUGGCAGAUACAGAGCAGCAGUGGAAGUUUUAAAAUGA